AUGGAGCCUCGGCCAUGCAAAGCAGAAGAGCCGGUGCCUGUGGCCUCGGGCGUCCCGGUCACGAAGUCGGCCGCCUACCCACCGAGGCCAGUAGCUGCACCGCAGGUCUAUUACCGUCCCGGCACCGUCGCCGCCCCGGCAACCGUUACCUAUGCCGCACCUGCUGGCACGCCGCUGGGGCAGCCGGCGGCGGUUCGUUCCGUGGUGACAAUGGCGCCCACUCCGGCGGCCACCUCCGUGACUUCGGCACCGCUCUCCGUCUCUACGCGCACGCUUGGCCAAGUUGGUGUGCCCCAGGUUGCCACGGCUCUCCCUCCAGGGGCACGGAUCAUCCGCACCUCUCAGCCGACAGUGGUGCCGGGCGCACAGGUCGUGCCGGCGUCUGCGACAAGGCCCAACACGGUUGGCGGGCCGGCCUACUCUCAAAGUGCCUAUGAAACUAAGCACGAGAAGGAUGCGCAACUGCAGAACCUGAAGGAGCUCAGGAAAACAUGUGGACUCAAGGAGAUUCCUGUUCAUGAUGGGCUGCAGGCAUUCAAAAGCGCGGCCACAACUAUGGACCAGGACCAGGAGCCUCUCAACUUCUUGGUUGCAGAGGGCGAGAUGCGAAUGCGACGACUGCUCAAGAUUCAUGGCUCCAGCGUGGCUUUACGGGGCUUUGGAGCAUCAACUCUUCCGGCUGGAUUUGCCUUGGCCUUCUCCGGCCCAGCCUGCUCCUUUCCCUCCUCCUCGAACCAGGCCCUUGACCACCUGCACCUGGCUACCGAUAGCCUCUCCCGACUGUAUUCCUUUGUGCAGCUCGCUGCCUGUAUCCUGCAGAGCCGACAGGGCUCGCCGAAGCGUGCUUCCUUUCGUUGCCCGCCCUCCGGUGGCUGGGUCUCCUGGACAGGUGGCUUCCUGCUUGCUCUUCCCGCCGGUGCUGUGCCCCCGAGCCUCCUGGCCCAGGGAAACGCUGGCGAUCCCGAGGCUAUGUUCGGGCCCUCGACUGUGCUGACCGUCCCGGCAAUGGAGGAGCAGGAGGAUGGAGCCGAGGCGGCCACCGAGACCUCCAUCGAAAUUUUGGUUGUCGAUUUCUCCGACGCCGCCGCUGCUUACCUCGAGCCCUUCGACCCGCUAUCGUUGGAGGACCCCGUGCCGUUCAGCGAGGAGGCCCCCCAGGUCUUUCCAGAGUGCAGGCAACUGGUUGCUUUAAGCAAGUCGUGGGUCAGGACUGCCGAAGGGGAGCGCAUAGCUUUCUACUCCGCCCAGGAAGGCGAAGACGAGGCACCCGAGCAGGCCGACCCCGUGGAGGCCCCGGCUGCAACUGCAAAGGCGAAAGGAAAACGUGUUACUACGGCCCAGCUGGCCGAGCAGCUUGGCUCGAUCAGCCAACUCCUCCCGGCCAUCAGCGACAGGCUCCAGGACCUUGCGGAGAGGCAGAAGGAGUUGGAGACCAAGGUGACGGCACAGGCAAGUACGCCUCAGGUGCCGGCUGGACCGGCCCACAAGCAGCCCUUCACCCUGCCGACCUCCAAAGCUGCCCCUGCUACCGUGAGCCCAACUCAGGCUCUGGUGUCCGUGCUGGGGCCGCCUCCGCGCUCCAGACCUUUGCCUUCCGCGGCCGCUCCGGGAUCCUCCCUGCCUCAGCCGAUUCCCCCAGACGACGAAGGGGGUCAAGACACUACCACGGCCAGUGCAUUGGCUCAACAGACUGCGGCCCUUACUCAGCUGGUGUCUCACCUGAUCCAGGCCUCCGACGGCUCAGGAGACUUCGUGGGCGCGCCGGCGCCCUCCGGGCUGUCUUCCCGCGCCUCUGCAAAGCGAGAGCGACUUCAAGCCGAACUGGCCCAGCGAACGGGAAACUUUAUGCUGGCCGUCGCUCAGAGCGGCUUCAGGCGGAGCUACCCCACGGAAACCAUGCCUCGGACCCUGGACGAGUUUCGGCAGGAGCCGCGCCGCUUCCUUUUCAGCCACUACCUGGAGCGCCAUGGGGGCUACCAGCACCAACGGGACCUGGGUCUCAUUAUGCACAUGGUUACCCAGGUGGCCGACCUCCUGAUGGCGAGCGAGGUGGAGGGCAGCCUGGACCUGCUGGCCCUUAUCAUGGUCUGCCUCGAGCAGGCAGCCGCCGACCACGGGAAGUUCGAGGUGGGCUUCACUCUUUCCCUGUUUGCCGAGCCACCCCAACCGGGGAUCACCACACAACCCCCGGCUCAGAGCCUUCGCUCCCUUGUGCCCGGCGGCGUGGGCGACGACCGCCUUGGCCUUCCUAAAGGAGACCGAUGUGAUCUUAUCUCGCCGCCAGGAGGCAUCCGGUCAGGCAGCCUCCUCGGGUCAAACUGCCGAGGACACGUCGGCGACUGCAAAGAAGCCUCCUCGGAAGCCACGUUUCCCGAGGAAGCCAAAGGAGACGUGAGGGGAGGGGGUCGGCGGCCUGGUGUGACACCUCGGCCCUCUCAGCCUUGCCCUUUCCCUGGUCUAGGCCCUUCGCCUGACCCGCGGGCCGGUGAGCUGCCCGGCGUCGUGCCGCCUAGUUUGGACCCAUUGGCCUUCAGGACCUCCCUGUCCCUCGACAGGUCAAGCCACUCCGGCCGCACAGUCGCCUCGCCUUUCCUUCAGGAGCUGGCGCCUUCGAAGACUUUGUUUCCUUUGCCAUUGCCCUACUUCGGGCUGUUUAACGGCACCUCCCCGCCCCCCAACGCGACUCAGGCAAAGGCCCUGGAUUACCUUGGGAGGCUUGUCAAAGCUUCCGGUGGCCCUGAGGAUGGGAAGCCUUUCUCGGUCUCCCUCCCCUCGGCGUCUCGCCGUUCUUCUCAAUUGAUUGCACGCCUGGCGGAGCUCUCUGAGCAGCUGACCUGGUCGGGGUCUUCUUUCGACAAGUACGGCCGUGCCUUUCCUGGUGCGCCCCUUGGCCCUGACGCUGCCCGGGACGCCCUCAACCCUUACAGGUCGUUGGACCCCUCGCGGCUCGUGCUGGCCGGCCAAGCCAACUGGGACCCGUCGGAGUUCCUUGAUGACCUGUUUUACCUCCCCUUCCGAGAGCCCCAGUCUAUCCUCCUCCCUGAGGUUCCCCCUCCUGGACCUGGCGAGGUGCCUGACUUGACACGCGAGGACCCAGCUUCGGUGCUUGGACUUUGUCGGGUCUGGGACUCCAAGGGACUGCUUCGGCUCUCAAAGAGCGGCCCCGCUGGUCCGCACCAGGGGGUUCGCAUCUUUAACGCCGUGAAAUCCGCUGGAGUCUUGGCCGGUCCCUCGGGCUCUCUCCCCAGCGGCCCUCUCCUCGGUGGCCUCUUCAUCGUACAGAUAGCCACCCAGCUCCGCAAUCUCAGAGCUUUCUCUCAGCUCGCCCUCCUUGAGGACACCCCGAGCGGGACAAGCCAGGUCGAGACUAGGCCCCCUGCCUGCCGUUUCCACUUCCUCGAGAUUUGGGGCGCUUCUUGCCCGAUCUCCCCUCUCCUCUCUGCUCUCGGCUGGACUGUUGGUCCCCGUCUUGACCCAGCCGUGUCCCUUGAGUACGACUUGUGCUCUCGGAGAGUGUUUGAGUGGAUCGCUUUCCUGCUUGAGCGGGGCCGUGUUGACGCCCUCGGUGCUUCGCUUCCGCUGGCCACCUUUAGCCCCGUCGCAACUGCCAACACCUACGCCCGUCGAGUCCUCGGGCUUCUGCGUCUCUGCGGCCGCUUCGGUGUGCCCGCUGUGCUGCUGCACCCUGCGGCUUCGUUUGCACCCCAGCUGCCGCCCUGGCUUUCCUUACUUCGGACCGAGCAGGCCUCACAAGAACGGGCUCCCUACACGCGUGCCUUCGGAGCUUCUCAGGCCGCAGCUUCUCAGCCGUACCUCGUUGUGCGUGUGUGCCUCCCUUCCUUUGCCGAGGCCUCACAAAACUGGAGGUACUGGCACCUUGCUCCAGGCCCUGCCGGUGGAGCACGCGAAGCCGUCUCCCGUGAGGCCGCCGCGCUUCUUGACCUUGGGCUCGCCCGUCGCGCAGCGGCCCUCGCCUUCUCCGCGCUUCCGACGGAAGGCUUGGAGUCAGUCUUCGUCAACGACCUCGCGCUUAGCCUCCCCUGGAAGGUCUGCAAGGCUUGGACUUGGCCGCGCCCCGUGCAUAUAAACAUUCUCGAGGCUUCCUGCGUCUACCGGCUCGUCUGUGCCCUGGCAAGGCAGACCGGCCCGCUCCGAGUUGUCAGCUUGUGCGACAGCAACGUCGCAAAGUGCGCUAUCACGAAAGGGCGCUCCCCCUCUUUCGGGCUCUCUCCCGUGUUGCGUCGCCUCGCGUCGGUCAGCAUAGCCUUCGGCAUCUCCUGUAGCCUGGCUUUCUGCCCGACUCGCCUCAUGCCUGCCGAUCACCCCAGUCGUGACAGCGCCAUCCCUGAGCCUGCUCCUAGUGUCCUGCAACCCUCUAACAAGCCCGGCUCGCUGCGAGCUCUCGUUGGCCUGCCUCCUCUCCGUCGGUGGGCUUCUGGUUGGGUCCGCCUCGUUCUUGGACUUGGCUUCCCUUUCCCCUGGGCCGGAGGGCACCGCGACGCUGGCCGGUCUUUUCGCACGUUCGUGCCUUCGCCCCUGGACUUUGACCGGACUCUUGGUUUUCCUGGAGAAGGCCCAGCUGGCUCCCUUGCUCCCUGGCUUUGCUUUUGGGCCUGCUUUGCCUGGCUGCUGCCUGCUUGCUUUGGGGCUUCUUCUUCGGGUUCAGGGUUUGUAGCCUCGCCUCCUGCUAGCCAUGGCCGCCUCGCCCCUAGGAAUGCUGGAGACCAGUGGAGGAAGAGCCGUCGAGGCUCCGACGACCUUCCCACGGGAAGGCUCGUCGAAGCUUCGACCCAAAAGCAACGGGACGCCCUCUGGAACGCCUUUGCCCGGUGGCUGGCGGAUCAAGGCAUUAAUGCCGAGGAACUGGUUCAGCCCCCUGGCUCCUCUGACGUUGACUCUGUGAACUGUAUCCUGACGAGGUACGGCAGGGAGCUCUACCGUGCUGGCCGACCCUACGCCCACUACAGUGAGCUCAUCAACGCCUACUCUUCGAAGGUUCCGAAGCUCAGGCGCCUGCUUCAACCAGCGUGGGAUCUGGCCUUCUCAUGGAAGCGAGCUGAGCCAGGAAGGCACCACACGGCUAUGCCCUGGCAGGUCCUAUUGAGCUUAGUCACCACAGCUUUUUUGUGGGGCUGGCCUAGAACAGCGGGCCUCCUGGCACUCUCCUGGGGCGGGCUGCUGCGCAUCGGAGAAGCGCUCGCAGCGCGCCGCUCGGACCUUAUGCUCCCCAAGGACGUCUGGAACACUAUAGACUUCGCCUACCUGUCCAUCCGGGAGCCAAAAACCAGGUAUUCGGCGGCGAGGCACCAGUCGGUGCGCAUCGACCAGCCGAACGUGUUGAGGAUAGUGACUGUCGCUUUUCAAGCUUUGGGACCCGCUGAGAAGCUUUGGCCCUCCUCUGCCCAGACUUUGCGCACGCGUUUUCGUCAGCUUUGCAGUGCUUUAAGGCUCCCAUGUGGGAGCGGAAGCAAGGCCCCAGGACUGGAACUGGCCUCGCUCCGCGCAGGCGGAGCAACCUGGCUCCUUAUGGCAGAUGAGGACUCCGAACUCGUCCGCCGCCGAGGUCGAUGGUUGACUUCGAAGAUCAUGGAGAUCUACAUUCAGGAAGUAUCAUCCAUCCAGUUCUUGCCCUCCCUGCAGGCGGAGCCAAAGCGUUUGGUGUAUGCAGCCUUGGAGGCCCAUGCUGACAUCUUGCACAAAGUCGAGUUUUUUAUCGCCACGGGCAUUUUGCCCAGUAUGUGGUACAGAUUAUUUGCAGCGAGGACGGUCGCAGUCGACGAUGUGGGUACUCUGGGUGGAGCUGCGAAAGUUCGUUAA